AUGGUGAAGUCAACCAUUAUCGCUCGAAUAUCUGACGGUCUACCACUUGCUGCUUCCAUGGAUGACGAACAGGCAGGAGAUAACGAGCUCGCUGACCAUAAGAAUAAAGCCAAGAUGCUUUUUAAGAAAAUGAACGAGAAUUCAGAAGAGAGGUGUUCAAUAGAAUCUGGCAACUAUUACUUUCAAUCGUAUCCUCGCCAGUUAGCAUUUAGCUAUCUUGAGGAACUUGCCAAGGAAUUCUUCAUGAGUUACGGAAAUGAUAUAACAAAGAAGACAUUAAGGCCGUAUGCGUUCGUAAAGUUUGACACAUUCAUGCAAAAAACCAAGAAAAUGUACCAAAACACACGAACCCAACACAACCUCGACAGACUAAAUUCCGAAUUAAACGAAGUUUCUCAAAUAAUGACCAAGAAUCUAGAGAACGUCCUCUGGCGCGGCGAGGGACUCGAAAAAAUGUCGAAUCUGUCCGAUCAACUACGAUACGAGUCACAAAAGUAUAAAAAGUCGGCAAGAGAUUUGAAUCUGCAGCUGUUAUACAGAAAGUACGGUCCAUUCGCUGUGAUUGGAUUCGUGGUGUUUGUGGUUAUCGCUUGGCGAUGGUGGUAUUGA